UCUUCAGUCCAGGCCCAGCUUCCGCCCGGUCUCCCGGCAAUGCUGCGGCCCCGCCCACGUCAUGGCGCCCGAGGAGAACGCUGGGACCGAACUCUUACAACAGAGUUUCGAGCGCCGCUUCCUGGCUGCUCGCGCACUGCGCUCCUUCCCCUGGCAGAGCUUAGAAGGACAGUUAAGAGACUCAUCAGAUUCUGAGCUUCUGCGGGAUAUUUUGCAGAAGACUGUGAAGCAUCCUGUGUGUGUGAAGCACCCGCCGUCAGUCAAGUAUGUCCGGUGCUUUCUCUCAGAACUCAUCAAAAAGCACGAGGCUGUCCACACAGAGCCUUUGGACGAGCUGUAUGAGGAGCUGGCAGAGACCCUGAUGGCCAAGGAGUCCACCCAGGGCCACCGGAGCUAUUUGCUGUCCUCGGGAGGCUCAGUCACACUCUCCGAGAGCACAGCCAUCAUCUCCCACAGCAUCACAGGCCUGGUCACAUGGGAUGCUGCCCUCUACCUUGCAGAACGGGCCAUCGAGAACCCGGCAGCCUUCUCUCAUGGGACUGUCCUAGAGCUUGGCAGUGGCGCCAGCCUCACAGGCCUGGCCAUCUGCAAGAUGUGCCACCCCCGGGCAUACAUCUUCAGCGACUGUCACAGCCGGGUCCUCGAGCAGCUCCGAGGGAAUGUCCUUCUCAAUGACCUCUCAUUAGAGGCAGACAUCACUGCCAACUUAGACAGCCCCAGGGUGACCGUGGCCCAGCUGGACUGGGACGUCGCGAUGGUCCGUCAGCUCUCUGCCAUCCAGCCAGUUGUUUUCAUUGCAGCAGAUGUGCUGUAUUGCCCAGAAGCCAUCGUGUCACUGGUCGGAGUCCAGUGGAGGCUGGCUGCCUGCCGGGAGCACCAGCGGGCUCCUGAGGUCUACAUGGCCUUUACCUUCUGCAACCCAGAGACGUGCCAGCUGUUCACCAUCGAGCUAGGCUGGGCCGGGAUCAGAUGGGAUGUGGAACCUCGUCAUGACCAGAAACUGUUUCCCUACGAAGAGCACUUGGAGAUGGCAAUGCUGAACCUCACACUGUAGGACUCACACACGACUCCAACGGGAUUGUGAGAAUCAAGACACUCUCGUGGGAAGAGUUUUUAUAUGGGAAAGCGGAUAUAACUUUCAUUGGACUGGAAUGUUUGGAGAAUGUUAAUUUCCAAAUCAGGAACCACAAUCUGCCCUCUAAUAAGACAUCGGCUAUCUAAACAUGUGGGUGCUCCCUUUCUGCCAGCAGUUCUGGUUCUUAAGAAAAUCGCCAUCAAACAGACAUGAAAACUCUGGCUCCAAAAAUAACAUUUUCUUUGUGCAAAUAAAAACGUGUGUAUCAAGUAUGAUGUUCCCCCAACGUGGACACACUCGGUUCCUCACAAAGCCAAGCCCGCUGCAGCUGCCACAUCCCUGGACACACUCGGUUCUUCACAAAGCCAAGCCUGCUGUAGCUGCCACAUCCCUGGGCUUAUGGUGCAGCAGGUGCUUUUUUCAAGACAGGAAUCAAAAUGUUAGGAACACGGCAGAAAGGUGACACCUGGAGACCAAACGCAGGAUGAGGAGUACUGCAGAGGUCACAGGGAAGUCACAGAACAGUAAUACGCUAGCAGGGGCAUGGGGGGUGAAGAACAGAAGAAGACAGGAAGUGUUUCCGAGCCUCCAGAAAAGAAAUCAGAGGCAACCACAGCUUCCCCGGUCACAGAACCAAUUCAUUCACCAGGCGACACAACUGCCGUCAUUUCACCUUCUGGCCACUGGGAGGCGCUGCUCGAAAGGGUUUGCCCUGAGACUCCGAGAAGAAGCUGCGGGAAGGACAGCAGCAGGGGUCCCGGGGAUUUAGCCUCUGGCCCAGGAGUUAUGUGUCCAUAAACAAAGGGAGCACAGUCUGCCCCCAGCUCUCAUCCCAUCGGAGCUGCUGCGAUUCCCGCAGGUUCUUCCGGAACUGGUUUAGCUUGCCCGCAGGAUCAGGAAAGUUUGAGAAAAGCAUCUGUAAAAAAAUUAAGAUCAGAGCUUACCUCAUUGCCUGUCCCCACCCCAUCCCAGGUCACCACUUGGCUGACCCCAGGUCCCGGACCCAACAACAACCCCUCCCAAGUUCCUAACUCCUUCACUUGGACUCGAGACUCUUCACGCCCCAGCAGCGCUCCGCCUCCAACUUGACAUCACGCUUUCCGGAAACUUCCCCGUAAGUCCCACUUUCCAACACUUGGUGCCCUGGAGCAACUCCCGGCCUCUACAUGCUGUAUGUUCCCCUGCGAGCACCCUCCUCUUGGCCUCUGGCCAAGUCCUACCUAUCUGUGGGUAACAAGGGGGUGUCGGUUUCUUUUCAGCCUUGCUAAACUGUCUGAAUCAAGGAUCACAAACUACAGCCUGCAGGCCAAAUCCAGCCCACAGCCUGUGUUUGUAAAUAAAGUUUUAUUGGAACAAAGCCACACCCCUUAAUCGACAGAUGAUCUGUGGCGACUUUCACACCACAACAGAGUACCAUGGUUCUGACAGAGACUGGGGGACCCAGUCUAAAUGACUUCCAACCUGGACCUUUACUGAAAAUCCUGCCAAUCAUUCUGUUGGCAAGACUGAUGUACUACUUUUAGCAAUAAGAAACAAGUAACCUUUGCAGAA